AUGUCAACGCAGACCACUACCACGCAGAUUUCUGCAACUUCAACCUCGACUGGUACAACAUCUUCUCCGACGACCUCCACAGAUACGAUCACCUCGUCUGAGACAGUCACUUACACUUCGUCGACCAUCUCCACGCAGACAACCGCCACGCAGACUACUGUAACUUUCACCGCGACUGGUACAACACCUACGUCGACGACAUCCACAGAGACGAAGACGAGCACCUCUUCUGAGACAGCGACUUACACUUCAUCAACCACCGCCACGCUGACCACCUCCACGCAGACCACGGACACGCAGACCUCCGCCUCGCAGACUACUCUAACUCUCACGACCUUCACGCAGACCACAGAGUGCGUGGACGAGGUUCCCAACAGCACCGCGGCGUUCUGGUACGACAGCCGGGGCACGGACUACAACUGCAGCUACCACAACACGUCCGACCUCUGCGCCCCUCAGGGGGGCCCGUACGUCAACUUCGGGCGCACGGCCACCGAGGCCUGCUGCAUCUGCGGCGGCGGAGUGGGGAUACCGAAUCCCACUCUGGCUCCGACGCCAGAACCUACGCCAGAGCCCUCUCCGGCUCCGACCGAGGCACCCAGUGCAGCUCCGACUCCAGCUCCUACGCCUGCGCCUGCACCAGUGCCUACCUCAGCUCCGACUGCAGCGCCCACUCCACGGGUGGUAUCGACUACACUGACCUCCCCAGUAAAUUCAGGUGAGACAGAGCUGCCUGUGGACUCCACGGAGGGCUUCAGUGUUGGCGACACCGCCGUGAUCGAGGGCGGCGGCUUAAGUGAGUUGGUGGUCAUUGCGAGCAUCGGGUCGCUUGUGCUGUCCAGCGGCACGACAAACAGCUACCCCGCCAAUUCCACCGUCACCUUGUACGUCACCACGACCGCUACGUCGACAUUAACAAUCACGUCGGCGAGUGGGUCGUCGACGACCAGCGCUACCACGGUCACGGCGACCACUGCCUCGACGACCUCAGCCUGGACGGCCACGUUCUCAUCAGGCUCAUCGAACUUGACGUUGACCUCGGCCACCUCGAUCGGCACGACGUUGACGCUCACCAGCUCGGCGUCGAGCGGCACCACGGCGUCGUCCACGGUGACCGCGACUACGCCGACGCUUGCGACCCCGUCGCCCAGCAGCAGCCCGGGCGGUCUGCUCGCGGGCGUCGGCCUCGGCGGCCUCGAGGCCUGGCUCGGGGACCUGCCGACGGCCGCCCUCGUCGGCCUCGCCGCUGGCGCCGUGCUGGUCCCCUGCGGCGCCGCGCUGGCGGCCGCGAGGGUCUGCUGCGGCCGCGGCGGCCGCGGCGAGCCGAGGGGCAAGCAGUCUGCAUGGGUCGACGACCUGGAGGACUGCUUCGUGGCCUGA